AUGAGGCAAGUAGAGAUAGGAAGGACAUCCAUUGCGGUCUUGGAGGAUGAUCCCUCCAGGGAGGGCAAGUGCUUUACAGGCGCGUGGGUUUGGGACUGUGCUCUAGUCCUAACGCACUGGCUGGAUUCAAUUGCCGCCAUAGGCGAGAGUGGCGGCGCCGACAUCGCGCCUGUAUCGGCGGAGCUAGGGCUGGGGCACCACGGCUUCAAGGACAAGAGGGUCGUGGAGCUGGGAGCAGGAACGGGGCUGCCAGGAAUGGCGGCGGCGCUGCUGGGCGCGUCGGAGGUGAUCCUCACUGACCGCGCUGGAUUGCUGCCGUGCUUGCGCCGCAAUGUGGAGGCGAAUCAACUAGAGAGUAGAGUGAGGGUGUUGGAGCUGGAAUGGGGCGCCGAUUGCUCGCAGGUGGCGGCACCAGUGGAUUUCGUGCUGUGCUCGGAUAUCCUGUACGACAUUGAGGCGGUGCCCGCGCUGGCAAAGACGCUACUGGAUCUGUCGGGCGAGAGCACAAGGAUCCUCCUGGCCUACGAGCUGCGAAUUGGGACGACCGAGUGCUUCCACAAGCUUAGGGAGCUCGGAUUGGAAUUUACGCGCGUUCCAAGCGAGGAGCUCCACCCGCAGUGGCAAAGCGAAGACAUUGGCAUCUUUAUCUUGCGAAGAUCUUAUCCAGAAACGAUAUAGAAGGCGAGUUCGCUAAUAUCUGAUGGCCAGUCUUGGAGUGGCAUGGCUUGCAGUGGAGUCUUAGGUAGUAAGCGCUACUGCUGAUCCAUGUGGACGGCCCAAGCAUUCACCAAUGUCAGGUCGGAUUCUUGGACCAUUCGGUUGCCACCUACGGCUCUGUCAAGCUCUUCCUGGAGUUUGAUCAAAAUCCGAGGAUUGUACAUCACCGAGGCAAUGAGCCACUCGCUUGUGGUGGCAGAAGUAUCAUCCUGGAAUGAAAGUUAUUGCGAUCACAAACUAGCAAGAACUCUUACCAAGAGAUUUGCCUUGAUGUGUGUUUCUCCCUGGGUAUUUGCUCCGUAGAACUCGAGCAUGAUAUCAAGGAAGUCCUCGCAUUCCCGUGCUGAUGGUCGACAAUCUUUUGCAAGAACUUGUCCUGCUUAUUAAGAGCAGUGGUGAAUAUUUCAAUAUUUUUGGAUAUUCUAACUAUAUUCUUUACACAGCAAAACAGAAAUGAUUAAAUAGUAGAAUAUGAGAUUUCAAAUGCUUCAAGUUUAUAGUCCUUUAUGGUU